CUUUUCCAGGGGGGCGUGGAAUAAAAUGAGGCGUGGCCAAUACUCGCGCAUGCGCAGUGCGGCAGUAGCAGUGCCGUUCGAACAUGUGCGACAAUGGCCGAGGUGAUGGCAACAGCAGCGGCAGCAGGAACAACGGCAGCAGACGAGACAGAGGAGACAGGGGGAACCGCAGCGGCUCGGCGGCCACACCUACCGCCGUCGAUCCUCCUCUCGUCGCGUCGCCGCCGCCGCCGCCAAGUUCACCCAUCGCGGCUCCCCGGCUGCCGGAGAGGCCUAACCGUGUCGAAGCCUGCGAGCGCUGCCCAGCAGGGCGUGCCUUGGCCGGCGGGGCGCUAGGCGAUAAUAGUUCGGCGGUCGUACCGGGAUCGGGACGACCACACGGACGGGCUCAGGAAAACGAGCGAUUGCCCUGCUGGUGCCCGUCGUCCCGCACUUCGCACCAGCGCUCUCCGCUUCAGGAGGAGGGUAACGUGGCUGGAGGAGGAGCGGCAGUCGUUUCUCCCGUGUCCCAUGUGUCGCCCGUUAAGAUGGGAGGAGCUCCAAGGAGAGGGACCCGUCCGCACAGUGGUAAGGGCAGCGGCAAGCCGCGGACUGCGCCGCUGCUUGUUUCCUCCGCACUGCGGUCACCCCAGGCCUCCGCUUCCGCCACCGCCGUCAAGUCGCCUUCUUCACCAGUGGGGAAUGGCCUGCCCUUCACUAUCCGGUCUUACACGACGGUGGGGUCGCCAGCCGCUGCUGCUACAGCUACUAUUGGCUCGCCAACGAUGACGUCGCCGCUUGCUACCGCAGCAGCAGGGAACUCUCUCCCGCGGAAUAACGUGGGAGGGAGGCGGAGAAACAGGGCGAAGAGCAGGCAGGACGCUGUGCUCGCUCACAAUCGCAAGGUCACAGACUACUUUCCCGUCCGGCGAAGCCUACGACGGUGCAAGUCCCAGCUGCAGACGGAGGAGCAAAUUAAAAUUGACGACGCGAUUCUGUGUGGAAAAGAGGAAGGCCUGGAGGUGCGGGAGGUGCUGGGUAAGGGCCGUGGCGUGUUCGCCACCCGCUCGUUUGGACGAGGAGACUUUGUGGUCGAGUACUCGGGGGAACUCAUCGGGCUGACUGAAGCAAAGACGCGCGAAGUGAACUAUGCCCGGGACCCCGAUAAGGGCUGCUACAUGUAUUACUUCUGCUACCUCAACAAGACCUACUGUGUCGACGCCACAGCCGAGUCUGGCCGCCUGGGCCGCCUCUUGAACCACAGCAAGAUGGGCAACUGCAGGACCAAGCUACACCUGGUUUGCUGCGGGGAGGGGGGCAGCCCAGAGAGGGGUCGCGGCGGCGUGCCCCGCCUCAUCCUGGUGGCGGCGCGGAACAUCGGCCUGGGCGAGGAGCUCGUGUACGACUACGGCGAUCGCAGCCGCGAGGCGCUCAACGCUCACCCCUGGCUUAAGAGCUAGCGGGGGGGGGGGGGAUGGGAGGGGGAGAGUGAACGGGUGAGUGAGUGACAGGGUUUGUGGACGGAUGAGUGAGCAGGUGAGUGAAUGCUCAGUGCUCACCUGUGGUUAAAGAGCUAGUGGUGGGGGGGUAGGAGGGGGAGAGUGAGCGCGUGAGUGACUGGCGAGUGAGUGUGCAACGCUCGUCCCCUGGUUGAAGAGCUAGCGGCGGGAAGUUAGGGGUUUGGUGGGUGGAUUCGAGGGAGAGUGAACGGGUGAGUCAGUGGUGAGUCAGCGCCUUGUAUACAGGAGGUCGUGGGUUUGAUCCCACAACCUCAGGGCUCACCCUUGGCUCAAGAGCUAGCAGGGGCAUGGGGAGAGUGGGUAGUUGAUUGGACAGGUGACUGGGUAACAGUGGGUGGAUAAGUGAAUGGGUCAGUGUGAAAGGGGCGGAUGAGUGGGUUGUGUGGUUGAGUAGGUAACUGAAUGGGUCGGUGGGUACAUAGAUUAGUGAGUUGGUGGAUGAGUGAGUGGGUCAGUAAGUAGCGGGGUAAGUGAGAGUGAGCAGGUAAAUCUGUUGAAGUGAGAAAGGGAGCAAUAGGGUAAAUGGGAGUGGCCACAAGUGAGGGCAAUUCAUGCUCACCCUUGUCUCAUGGACUAGCAGGUGAGUGGAAGGGUGGGUUCGUGGGUGAGGCCAGUGAAUGGAUGAUUGAGUGUAAGUGUACGUUUCUGUGAAUAUUAAACGCACAAUGAAUUUACAUGAAAAACAUUACAACUUGCUGUUGAACGUAACACACCUCACACGAACAACACUGCACACCACGGUCGCAUAUGCAUUCUGGGCAAGAUACAGUCAACUACACAUCACAUGUGUACGUCGCAACAGCAGCAACAGAUGCCAUUCUUCACGAAAGGACGGCGACAUCUUCACGGUGCUUGUGCCAUGCUAUGUGCACAUUGAGGCUAUCACGUGUAGUGUCGAAAACUUGCUGGCAGGAGGUGAUGUCGGGGCUGACUGAGAUGACUGGCAGAUGCUUACCACCUGUCCACACUAUGCCAUGAAGACCAAGAUCUCCCGUUUUGCCUUAGCAGACUGUUGGGGCAAGUGCUAUUUGCGAACACCUAUUAAGGCCAAAACAGCACACUAGGAGGUGGGUUGCUAACACCACUGCCACCUUUGUCUCCUCGGUGCUGAUCUUUACACAUUGCACAAGGCAAUCGUACAAAGGCUGAGUCGAUCUAGGGGAGUCCCAUGACCGAUUUAGAUGGUCGUCACUGACCUUUGAUUAGCAAGGUCUCGUGUAUGGUGUGAAAGAUGUUCAACAUACAUGUUAGCUGUGAGCAGGAUUCGGACUUGGGUCUCCGGGUUGGGAUCACGGCGUGCUAAUCACUGCGCCACCACUCCACUAGGCCGCACCUGCACACGUUGACCCCAUCACACUCGGAUGUGUCUUAACAGAUGUGCUCAGCUGUGAGUGGCGGGCACGGUUGUGCGAUUCUAUGACCCCCUCCCCAGCCUUUGGGUCACUUGAAGAUUGCGACGCAAUAUUGUUUAAUUAACGCGAUGAUGCCCGGGUUGCACGGACGGCCAAACUCAAGUCGACUCAAGUUGGUUACGAAAAAUUGUAGCAUUAGAUGGUCACUGAUUGGUCACCAAUGUUUGCAACAAAUCGCUACGUGAAAUUUCGUCUGGCAGUCAUUAAUAUAUACACAUUACUGGACAUCUGUGAAAAAAGCUUCACAGCUCAUUAGAUUCCUCCAGUCUAAAUAAAUAUUCUUAUUGUAUCAGUUUCACUGUCAGGCGUAUCAUGCAUUCGUCUACGGAGUGGGUGGGGAAAGUGCUGUCUGGUGUGGACCACUGGGGAAACAAAGGUGGCUGGGUGUGUCGUUAGCCAUACCGCCUCAAGUGCUAUACAAUCCUUAAUAGGUGCUCGCUAGCAGCGCUCGUUACAACAGUUUGUAUGGCUAUAACGAAGGUAUUUGCGUACUCUGCGUGGACCGGAUGUUACUUGAAGGGAUCUCGGAGGUCGUUCUCAACACGAAGGGAUGCUCUGCUUGUAAUCCCCAAUGGAAUUCUUCGUUUUAUUACAUGCCAUUUAGCACAAUGGAUGUACAAUUACGUAGAAAAUUGCAAUCUUAAAAGUGACAUUUCCUAGAAUUUACACGUUUUGAAGGCGUUAUCGUGUGAAUUGGGGAUGCAUUUUUGCUCGGACCCCAACAGCCUUGUUUCUGAGCUUUUGGGAAUUCGGGGCAGCCCAUGAAGCGAUAUUGAUACUGACGAUUUGUACCCAGUUCCGAAGUGGCAGCCCAGCUCGAUUUGACAAGAACGGGCACGGAAACUCCGUAGCUGGAUGGCGGCAGCUUGUGUCUUGAGGAAACGUGGUUUCCAAGUAGAAGGUCCAAAAAUUGUCUUGCAUAUGGCUGGGGGGUAGGGAGUUGACUAUAUACCCCUUUGCCCCCACUCUCACAACCCCUUCAAGCAAGGGGGGUUUGGGGCUGCAGGGGGUGGGAAGGUGCUUUUUCUCUGAACUCCCAAGGGGAGUGGAAUCGGUAGUUUUGCUUAUCGCCUCAUUUGCUUGAACGUACAUUUAUGCCGACACAAGGUAUUUUCCACUGCACGAUCCGAGCCACGCCGGACUGUAUCGAGCCAGCCCGGCUGGUGUGACUGGUUCCCCGCCCCCCCCCCCUGCAUAAAAUAUCUGUGCCGAUGAAGCCACACGCAGUGAAGGAGUCGAGGUGCGUGCGGGUUUAUGACGCGUCGGUGUUGCACGCAACGAACGCGGCAUGAGCCCCUGGUCCUGCUUGGCUACAGCCAGAUGUAGUUGUCUUGACGGAUAUUCACGGUUUGGUUUCCAGCUCGGCUUUGGGGAAACAGCCAGUGGAAAAUAAUCUGAUCCAGGCUCUGCUCGGACGUGUUGGUGGAAAGUGGCUGUGUUUGCUAACGUUCCAGGAACAACUACCUGAACUCUGCGAUAAGUUAUGGGAUUUUGCGUUUUUGAAGCCACCGCGUUAUUGUUGCGAUUUGUAAAGCUUGCGAUCACGUGUGAAUGAUGAAGCAAUGGUUUUAAACCCUGCAGCUACUCGAGGCACUAGGUUUUCCACAAUGGCCAAAAUAAUAUUUCCAGGAAUGAAUCUCAACGCAAAGAUGGGGGGUGGAGGGUGAAUAUAUAAUUGUAAUAGGUUCUACUCGUUGCUAAGAUUGAAAUGAUUUGUAUGUUUUUAAGUAAUACCUCUGGUGGCUGCAAGGGUAAGGGGAAUUCUCUACAGACAAACGUAUAAGAGUGCAGCCCUCUGUCAAUCCACUGCUGGAUGAAAGCGUUGCUAUUCCGCAUAAUUCAAAGUAGUAAUUUGGUCAUAUCUCUCCAUGCUGGUCCGUGCAGUUAGUAAAGGGGGUUGGUGAGGACAGAACCGCGAAUUAAAAUAUAACUCCCCGCCAAUGGUCGCCGUGAUUGUGAAUCUAAUCCCAGGUGCCCAGGUUGGUGGUGCGGUGCGCUACACCACCACCACCACCACUCUGCCCAUUGACAGUUUGUGAAUGCAUGCGAUGUCACUAUCGUGCUGCCGCGGUCUAAAUGGUUGACACACCGGACUUGCAAUCCAGAGGCGGAUGGUUUGAUUCGAUCUCCCGGUGCAGCAGUUGAAAUAAUUGUGAAAGUAUUCUAAAUAAAUCCCCCCCCAACCGUAUCUUUGCUGUCCGCCCAGUAGUAUAAGUGGGCACACCAGUCAACCAGUAGGUGUCCUGUGUGGUGGGGUAAAUUAUGGGUACAGUGAUCUCUUCGAAGACGUCUGGCAACGUGUAGGGUAGGCGGAGCUCCCUCGCGAUGGCUCCUGCCAGCAGUGUUGUGAGCAAGUACUUUUAGGGCUGCAUCUUUUAUCAUAUGAGUCUUGGUAGUUAUAAUAUUUGAUAAUGAUGCGUGGUUUUGGUCGUACGUGUGAGCCCAGACCAUCGGUGCACCCACGACACUUGCCAGGAAGUUCGUUUGUUUCAUCUAAAUGAAGAUUUAACUUCCCAAACGUGCUUUGAUUAUAUAUAAUACUCUUUCAGCGUCGUGGAGAUAAAUGAAUUACUAAAAUUACCCUAACUUUCUCAUAUAUUGCUCUUAACGUAAACAAAUAAACGUGUUUCGUAAACAACCCGACCAGUUGCACGGCAUCCUUUAGAUCAGUAGCGUUGGUUCAUUCCAAGCAAACUCUGGUCGUGUUUGCGACUGAACAUAUGGCAGUUUACCAGCGUUGGUUCCAGCAAGCCUUACUGCUGAUGAGAUACUGCAAUGUUGAAACCGGCCCAGAGUUUGCUUGUAUUGAACCAAUGCUGCUGAUACGAUGCACUCCCGGAAGGCCGUGUGGCCGAUGGGUUGUGUAAAAGUUUUUGUUACGUGGAGAGACCGAUGUGGGAAAAAGGCGUAUUUUAUUUUGAGAUGUAUUUUAAAGCGUUAAGUGUUCAGCACGACAGCUUUUUUUUCAUUAGGGUUGUUAACGUGUUUUAAUUCAAUGUUACAUAAUCGAUUGCAGAUUCCAAAGGUUUAUGAUGAUCGGAUGAUUGAAUACGCUUUAGCCUUCAGUUAACAUUGGAGGUGAUUGUCGGGUGAACUUUGGGUCCCCGCUGUCAGUUCCCAAUCGCUUGGUUGACUAUGCUCUCUUUUGUCUUAUUAAUAAGACAAAUCCAACCGUGAUAUGAAAUGUAUUAUCCGAAACCAAUAUUCGGCUUCGAGAGUAUGACGUUACCUAUGUUACGUCACUUCUGUGCUAAACAAUUACUUGGAAAUUCUAAAGAAUCCGACAUUUUAAAAUGGAACAAAUCGGAUUUCCACAAUGUUCUAUCCAUAACUCAUCCCGAUUACAUAAUAAAUGUGAAACAACAUCCCCUCAAUCCACUGCUGGAUAAAGGCCUUACCCCCACCUCGUGUCGGUCCUCUUGGGGCUUGUUUGACCAUACUUCACAAUGAUCAGUGGGUUGGUGAUGGUUGGUAAACCGAUAAUCAAGUUUUGGGAUGUAUAAAUCAUGCUAUCAAUGUACAAAAAUGGAUAUUAGCAAUCCUAUUUGUAUUUCAUAUUACCUGGUUAACAACUUAAUGCAUUGUUUUGUUGGAUUCUGCCAUGGUGUAAUGGCUUGUGUGCUAACUUGCAAUUCAGAGGUCACUGGUUCGAUCUUCAGGCGCGGCGGCAGAAACAAUGGGGUACGUUUCUGAAAUGGCCCCCCACUGCCUCUGUCCACCAUGUGAUAUAAAGGAGUAUACCACAGAUGUAUGUAUGUAUUUGUAUGUAUACAUGGGGAGCGCGCGCUACGCUCAGAACCUGGCGACCCGAGUUUGAUUGCUGCUCACGGCCAUUGCUAGUGACGAUUAUCUGAACCGGUUCUGGGCUUCCCGUAGGUCGAUUUUGCGUCAAAUGGGGAGACAAAGGCGGACGAGCGUGGUGCUGGCCAUCCACCCCUCGUGUGCGCCUUCAUAGGUGCUCGUGAACAGCACUUGCCCCAACAGUCUGUUAAGGCUAUACGGUAUCUUUGUAUGUUGAACUUCUUUCGCACUGUGCGUAGCCAACCAUGCCAAUCAGAUAGUCAUGUGGUGGGAUAAAGUGUGAUUACUCCGAUUUCUUCCAAGAAGUCUGGCCAGUGUGGAAGAGUAGGCAAAUGUAGCACCUUCUAGAGGAGGUUCUCUGGUGUUUUCUCGUGGAGGCCCUUUUGCCAGCAUUUGUGUGACCAAGCAAAUGCAGGACUGGCUUUACCUACAUUGAAAACUAAUUUCUAAAUUGAAAACUCAUUUCCUUAUAACUGCUUUUUUUAAUGUAUUGUCCUUCCGCACCUCCGAUUUGCACGGUUGGCUACGUACGGUGCGAAAGAAGUCCACCCAUACAUACUUGUUUAUCAGUAAUUUGUAUUAUUACAACAUAGAUGCGACAUUUAAAACAAUUGCAAGCUAGUUCUUGAAAGCUGGGUUUCCUUAAUGCUAUUUCGUCUACGUGAUGCAGUACAGCCUCGCAUUUCUGAUUCCUGGGCAUUGAGGUAUCGGCCGAUAUGUGAAAGUGUCUUAUAUGUGAACAUCCAUACGAAACGACAGUUACACCGUGCGCGAAUAGGCUACUGUGACAAAAUAAAACGCAACCUAUUUUAAACGUGGAAAAUUAAUUCGCUGUUAUUUAGCAGGACGCGAAUGUAUGCGAGAUUAAGAAUAUAUAUACAUAACUGCAUGUGAAGAGGUCUGGUAUCUUAACAUCUAAUAAAACACUGCACUGGGUGUGUGCGGUUAAUUGGUCGUCGGAUAUGCGACGUUGUACUACAUAUACACACGAGGUGAUAAUUUAUGCUUUGGAAUUCCACAUGCUUUUGGUGAGUUUGUUCAAAGGACAGAGACCACCAGUUACUUUUCGCAAAGUAGUACCACGCAUUUUAUUGACCUUCGAACGGACGAUGAUGAUGGUGGUGCCUUGAUUUGAUCACUGACCAGCAGUUGAACUCGCUACCCGAGUAUGCGUGCGGUCAAUCGCUUUCGCAACUGGUGGUGGGGGCAGGGAUAAGUCAGAGGUCAGGGUUAGACUUGAACUGUGUCAGGAUUUUCAAAACUCAAAACAAACCUUCGCGUUUCGCUCAUUACACCACGUUACACGCUGCACGUGCGUGAUCAUUGGUGAACAAAUCCCAAGUGACGUAGAGUGCCGCGGAUGCAAAGUGGAGAUCGAGGUUGCGUGCGUGAGAUCUUGUGUCCCACGUGACGUAGAGAAUUCCGAUAAAAAAAAUAGAGAUUGUGUACAUGUCCCACAGUACAUAGCUCUUGUUAUUCGUAUCACGCUUGUUUACCCAGGAAGCCCUCUCGCGACUCUUGUUCAGGAGGGUCCUGCCAAGUUUUCGCAGUAGGGGGGGGAGAUGAUUGCUUAUGUAUAAUCCUAAUUUAGUAAUUUGCGGUCUUAUUUUGUCGUUGCAAAUUUGGACUGACGUCGGCACACAAUAGCUCGUCGACACUUGCGAAUGACGUCACGGAGUCGUUAACGCGCACGGUGAAGCGGACGGCGCGUAUAUUUCUUUUUAUUACACACGCAAUAAUAAUCACCAGGGCGUCCGCUGGAUUGCAACUGUGAACCUAUGCAACAGGCGACUGACGCGCUAUCUCGACGCCACGUCACCGCCGCCAGCUCUUGAUUUAAACUUAGAAACCUUGUGCACACAUUGCGUGUGCCCCACAUGACGUUCAGAGAUCGACAACUGAAUUUAAAUGGACGCGCUCUACGCCACGUAUGUGUUUAGCAAGCAAAAGGCGCGCGUGAAGUCCGAAACUUUGCAUUAGAACGGGGAAGAUUUGGUACGCCUGAAAAAGGGUGGCGCUGUCCUGCUGCUGUUGGUGACGCGCGGAAUGGAUUUAGGGACAAAAAACCCCCUGCACUGACGGCAUCGUCACAACCGUGGGGAGUCGUGGCUUCAUUAUGGCCGCUCUGCUCAUGUAUUCAAUGGUGCUCUGGCCCACAUUUGCCUGCUGAGGUUGAGUAACUUGUAACUAAAUGAUCACAGCGCGUGUCUGUCCGUCUGCCUGUGCUUAAGAGACCAGAUGGGAUCGAGAUACGAAGCUGGGUGUUGUUUCCUCACGUUUGAUAAUAAAUGUGGUGUUUUAUAUUUU